UCCCUCAAACGGCACCCAGGUGCCGCCAAAUUAGCAUAUGAGAGCGUGUUUACAACUCAACAAAAUGUCUGUCUGCCUCCCUGAAAGCGGCGUUCAUCUUCUAAUGUGGCGAGAAGAACGAGUUGGCUGCCGGAGCCUGUUGACUACAAUUAGGCCGCGGCUGGCGACAGACAGCGGCAGCAGUUUAACAGCUCAGAGCGCCGCGAUUGUCCUUUAACUGUUCAGGACUGAAGUCCCAGGAGAGCUAAUUACUACCACACACACACACACACACACAUACGUCACACACACAAACACACACACACACACACAUACGUCACACACACGUCACACACACACACACACGUGUGCGUCACACCGAUCAUAUUGAUUUCAGCUAAUUAUUUCAGCUAAGUACUUCAUCAAUUCUACUGUAAAUAAUAAUGACACUACUUUGCAUUUCAGAAAAGGUUCCUGCUCGGCUUUUAGUUCAGAUGUGAUCAUCACACGGAGCUUCAGGUUCACAGUGUUCCACGUGUCCAGCGGUGAAGAGCUGCAUGUCGACAGUCUCGGUGUCGGACGGUUUACAGCGCGCAGACAAACAGACACAGUCGCAAAUGAAAUGUUCUCGUUGAUUUCAGAGGACGGCUUCAGUGAAGGAAUAUAACUUUAACAUAAACAGAGUUGCAGAACAUUUGGAAAAAGAGACCCAAACAAUAUAUUCUACAGGGAGAGUUUUGUUCCAGAUCAUGUUUAACUCAGCGUUAGCUUAACGAAACAGUUAGCAUUGUCACAGGAGAAAAACUCGUCCUCUAGAAACUCAUAAUCUCUAUUCUGUAAGUUGUUUGAUGACCAGCAAGUGAUAAUAAGACUGAUCACUGCUGACAGCUUGGCUUCAGAAGGAACGCUUUGUACGCUACUUAAUCAAACAUGCUAACAUAACAGUUGAUAUUAGCAUACAGCUAAGACGUAUCGGCCGAGUCCAGUGUUCACACCAACACAACACACGACCUCAGCGUGACGGUUUCACUUCAUAUGUUGAGUCAAAGUUCUUCUCGAGCUCAGAAUCAGUCCAACAAAAACAAAUCUUAACUCAAACCCGGAGUUUGUUGUCUGAGCUUUCAUCCAGAUGUCAUGGGUGGCUCAGCGUCACUACAGAAUUGGAGUUUCAAAUAAAAUACAAUUCACAAUUUUCAUUAUUUCAUUUUAUAUGUCCUGAAUCAAGCAGUGAAUUUCAUUUAAAUGUGAGUGUGACAGAGCUGAGACGUGUGUGAAGUUAACGACGUUAACAAGCUGAAAUCUGUGACCUUUAUAAAGAAAGUGCAGGAGGAGGCGAGAGUUUUGUACGGCUUGUUUUUUAUCCAGCGUUCUGCUGAAGGUUAGCUUAGAAGUCGCACGCGUGUAUGUUUGUCUAAGUUGUCUUCAUGUUGGGAUUAAUAAGAUUUAUGUUUUUCAGUCGUCUUUUUACUUCAACACAUAUAAACGUACGUGCCAGAGAAGAACUGGCGCUGCUCAGGAACAUGACUACCAGCUGUCUGGCCCGCUGUGUUCUCGUUUUAAUUAACAAUCACAUCACUGCUUUGAAUGAACAGUGAAGCAAUAAGGAUCACUUUCAAGCAUACGUGUUUGAUGUACGCUGUUUAAUGAGCAGGUUCUCGACUCUACACCAUCCGGCUGUACGUAUAGGAGGACGCGUGCAGGGAGACGAGCAGCGGCCCGGUACAGACCAGCAGCGGCCCGGUACAGACCAGCAGCGGCCCGGUACAGACCAGCAGCGGCCCGGUACAGACCAGCAGCGGCUCGGUACAGACCAGCAGCGGCCCGGUACAGACCAGCAGCGGCUCGGUACAGACCAGCAGCGGCCCGGUACAGACCAGCAGCGGCCCGGUACAGACCAGCAGCGGCCCGGUACAGACCAGCAGCGGCUCGGUACAGACCAGCAGCGGCCCGGUACAGACCAGCAGCGGCCCGGUACAGACCAGCAGCAGAAGAUGGAGCGUUCCCCCCGAUGAGGCGGAGGAGGGAGAGCGGGUCCAGUGAACACUCGGGCCUGUAAAGUGUUUAUCAGGCUCUAAUGCAGCAGUCUGAUCUGAUUUGCCUUCAUAUUAGUUCCAGUAUCUCCAUCUGACGAAUUACUGAUUUGAAUUCUUCUGAGGGGUAAAUAACUUCACGCAUGAUCUCAGUAUCCUCAGAAUUCACCGCAGUCACUUUGGUUUCAGUGCUCCUCCGCCGCAUGCCGGAGAGGUUCUGGAGGCGGUUCGGAUCAGUGAGCGUAACGGAUCAACAGAGCUUUCACAUGUUUAACUGCUCAGAGGAGCUGCAGCCACCACAGACCUCCUGCUGCUGCACCUCCUGCUGCACCUCCUGCUGCUGCACCUCCUGCUGCACCUCCUC